AUGGCAUUACAACUGCCACAACCAUUUCUUGCGCUUAAAUCAGAGACGAACAACAGAUACUUACGCUACAUACACCAAGACAUCGAGGGGGUGCAUGGGAUCCUCCAAUUCUCCGGAGAGGAGGUUCUGAGCCCAUACGCAAAGUUCCAAGUCGAAGUGGAGGCCGGCCAUCGGGUGCAUAUAAGAUCCUGCUACAACAACAAAUACUGGAGGAGGGCAGACCAAAACAGUAGGUGGAUUGUAGCCGGGGCUGACGAGCAAGAGGCAGAACCAACCCGUUGGUCAUGUACGCUCUUCGAGUUCGAGCCCAUCAUCAUAAACGACACCAACUUCUCCCAAAUCCGAUUGGUCCACGUGCACUCCCGUGAUUAUUUAAAGAUAUCCCCUACAAACGAAUGCCUCUUUAUAAGCCAAAACUUUGAUGUCUUCACAGUCAUCGACCGGAACGCGCUGGUGAUUUUUCCCAAGCAUCUUGCCUUCAAAGUCAACGUCAAUGGCAUUGGUAACUACCUCCGCGUCCAAAUCAUUGAUACACACCCAUAUCUGCAGUUCUCAGCCACUAAUCCUACUAAACAAGAGAAGGAGAACAAGGUGUUUACCGCCGGUGAUGGAAGCGUUCGAAUAAUGUCCACCUUCACUAAAAAGUUCUGGAGGCGUAACAGUAGCCGAGAUGAUAAAAUUAGCAACAACUGGAUUUGGGCUGACUCAGACGACACCACCAACCGAGACUCAAACACGUUGUUUUGGCCAGUCAAGGUAGAAACCAACCGAGGCGACGUCAACGACGUCAAUGUUGUUGUAGCUCUCCGCAACCUGGGCAAUAACAAUUUCUGCAAGAGGUUGACCGUGGGCAAGAACAACGAUGUAGUCUGUCUGACUGCCGAUCCUCCAAAUACAAUUACCCCAGGGCCAGAUGCGCUCCUGGCAGUCGAAGAGCUUGUUAUGUCCCGGACCAUCUCUGAUCUCAAUUUCCGCCUCGCCGAUGCCAGGAUCUAUAACCGCCAGAUCGGCAAGGUCAUGGCCAUAAAAGAAUACGAAAACCCCGCCGAAAUACCGGCCUCUCCAACUAUCAGUCUCGUCUAUAAAGACAAAAGGACUAGUACUUGGAAUACCAGUGCCGACGACGUCUCUUUCACGGCCUUCAUCCAAACCACCCUCACCUCCGACACUCCAUUCGUCCUUCAUCCAAACCACCCUCACCUCCGACACUCCAUUCGUCGUACAGGACGAGGGAGUCUGUAA